AACUUCAUCCCUGAAAAUGCAAAAUAAGGGAACCACAAAAUAUAGGUUACGUCGACUUAUCGUUUGAGGCGAUCGGCACUUUACUUGGCGUGAAUUGUGCUACUCCGCCGCUUCCUUCUUUGCUCCCAAAGAAAUGCGUGAACUAUUUUUUAAACAUAACCGCAUCGGCGCGCAUGUAGCAAAAACAAGGUAAGUGAGCGGAUAAACCAUUUGACAGGAAACGAUGCAAGUAAUUACGUCCGAUAAGAUAGGCCUACUCAAGUAUGUACAAUGCAGACCCAAGAGUUCCAUUUCUGAGCAAACGCUCCAGCCCGACUUGAGGAGAACAAUCAACCACGUGACGUGGUCCGGCGGAUACGGAGGAUAUGAAGAGUCACAAAUAACGCUAUGCAGAAAGAACGGACUAGUCGAAGGUUUUGCCUUCCCGUAUGAUGAACCAAACCCGAACAUCAGCGACAUAUGCUUGCUAUCAUUUCUUAGUUGCAACAAUUGUAUUUACACAAGGAUGCUUAAUCAGCACCAUAGCGUGAUAUACAAAGAUUUGCUCGAUAAGGAAAAAGAGAGGUAUACUAAUUAUGCCGAGUUCAUGCCCCUCUACACCAGUGAAAAUGUAAAAAAUGGAGUGUAUGAAAGUUACCUGCAAAAUGAUAGACUUCUCCUCACCGUGAGUAAUGGGGGACAUGUGCAUGUGCUAAAUUGGGACUGCGACAACGAACGUGGUAAGUACCACCUCAGUAAGGAAGAUGAAGUGAAGCACGAAAAGGAUGCUGCGAAAAAAAGGCAGCUUUAUUUUAAAAACUACAAAAACGAAGUAUUGCAGUGUAUCGAAUUCAAACAAAUUGAAGAAAAAAAUAGCCACAACAAUGUCAUCAUAAAAACAAACGAAUAUACAAAUGUGAGAGUGGAAGAUAUAUGCACAGAUUAUCACUUCGAUAAUAUGCUUUCCGAAGAAGCCAUCUGCCAGUCGUACAUCUUAAGUAACCCAAUUGAUGCUGCCUGUGUCAAUGAGGUACUAACAAACAGACUGGCCAUCGGGGGCUACAAAAAUUGCUUAAAAGUAUUUGACUUAUUCACGGGCAGCUACCUCUGGAAAUCAAAAAACAUAGGAACGACUUUGCUAAAUUUAAAUUGCGAAAGUUUAAUAAAAUCUGUGAGCUUCCUAAACGACAUCAAUGUCAACAUACUGUCAGCUGCAACGUAUGACCACAAAAUUAUUCUGUAUGAUAUGCGUUGCCAAGAAAAGCCGGUCUACGUUUAUGACCACUAUAAGAGGGGGAAUAUCAGUCGAAAUAAGUUUUCCUGUUUCGAUCAUAACUACUCGGAGAGCGACCUCGUGUUUACGUGUAUAAGCAGCAGUUCACACGUGGGGCGGGAGGAAAUGGAGACCAAGGGAGCGCCGCAGACCCAGGAGGGAGAAGUGGAUGGGGAUAACGAACAAGGCGAAAAGAGAAACGGAGAGGCAGACCAUAAAACAGAGAAGAAACGACGCGCCAGCAAUUUGGCACCCCAACCACACUAUGCAGAGGAAGAACUCCACGUCAAAUUUAACGCCAACCAAGUGAAGGCCAACAAUUUUAAAAUGCAUGAAGAACUUCAGCAGCAAAAGAGAGGCGGAAACGAAACAACAGGAGUGAACCCAAAUGGGGAUGCACAGGAAAAAAAGGAUGACAAUCCAUCCCCCCAGAGGAACCCAAACGAAUCACAGUGCAGCAAUUACUUCAUAAAAAAACUCGCCUCCAAGGACAGCCAAAUUAUCUUCCUUUCGGACAACUACGGAAACGUGUACAAAUUCGAAGUCGUCACGGGGAACAAACUGCUACAAUAUAUUUAUAUCAAAAAAUGCGCACAGGAAAAGCUGACAUGUGAAGAAGAGAAAAAGGGAGACCCCUCCUUUCUACUUCAAAACAAACAAAGCUUGUACGAAUUUUACAAAGAAUAUCAAAGCAGUAAUAAAAGUCACUUACGAAAUGACUUGCCUGUUAUGUGGGCCAAAGACAACUUUGACCAAUUCUUAAUUCUAUUUCUUAAAAAAUUUAAAAUCCAUAAUGGGGCCAUAUCUUCUCUAAGUUUACACAGGGGAGGGAAUUUUCUUUGUUCAGUUAGCUAUGACAGAUUUUUAAGUAUACUCAAUUUGGAGAUGAAAAAAGUUAUUAAGAGAGUACAUGUCGGUCAUAUACUGACCAGCUGCUUGUUUCGGUCCCUUCCCAUUGAUGAGUCUGAACAUACGGUGAAGAAUGGGGGCGGGCCCAAGGCAUCCAAGCGGCAGAAAACGCUCCAGCAGGUGGGGGACUCAGAGGAAGAACCAUCUAGUGAAUGCGAAAGUUGGCACGACUCCUCGAAUGAGUCCGACGAGGGGGUAAGCAAAGGGGGGAAACGCCGUCGGGGGGAGGCCGGCAAGGCAGAAGGGGAGGACGAAGAAGAGGAGGAUGAUUAUGAAGAGGAGGAUGACGAAGAAGAGGAGGAUGAGGAUGAAGAUGAUAAUGACGAGGAUGAUAAUGAUGAAGAUGACGAGGAUGACGAUAACGACGACGAUGAUGACGAUAACGACGACGAUGAUGACGAUAACGACGACGAUGAUGACGAUAACGACGACGAUGAUGACGAUAACGACGAUGACGAUGGCGAAUAA